AUGUUUUCGGCAAUUCGCAAAAAGUUAGGAGGCGACAGGGAGGAACACAAAACGACGUCGAUGCCUUCGGGAGUGCAGCGAGUUGACGCCGAGUUGCAAAGGAAAUUCGCACGCGGAGUACAGUAUAACCGUUAGUUUUUACCCACAACAUAUCUUUCCUAAAUCCCAUUUUUAGUAAAAAUUGUGAUUCGCGGAGACCGAAACGUCGGGAAGACGUGUCUAUGGAAGCGUCUCCAGGGGCUCCCGUUCCAGGAAGAGUACGUGACAACAGAAGAGAUCCAGGUGAGCUUCAGUGUAGUAUAGCACACGCCUCAUUCCGAUUGGCGUUGCAAAUUAAUGCGCACACUAAUCAGACGCGGACUUUGAUCGUCGCGUCCAAGACCAAGGGAUGUCUGGCGCGAACCGGCACAAUGGGACUAACGCAGAAGACAGAAUCAUGUUAAGUGCAAGUCAGAAACGUCCCCCUCACAUUCUUGGCGGCGAGGAUUGAAUAGAGCAAAGAAGGAAUGUAAUGGGAUAUUCUGCCGUCUACGCUUUUUAGUCGAGAAGGGCUCAAGAAUAGAGUUAGUCUGUCUUCUGAGCGGGGAAGGAAAGGAAAAGCAAUUAACUAGAAGAAAAUAUGGUUCAAAAAUGGAUAUACUUGAAGGUGGCGAACAUCAAUUGGAACUAUCGGGCGACUGAUGACGUUGUCAAGGUGGAUGUGUGGGAUAUUGUGGACCAAUCAACCAAGAAAAGAGUGAGAGACGACAAGCUCAAACUGGCGAACAGUGGAUCCGAUAAGGCCGAGCCAAUCGAUGUUAGUUCAUGUGUAGUUAACAGAAUUAUGAAACAAAUUCUAAACAAUUUUGUAGAAUUACGAGGAUACUGCCUGUGAUGCACGAUUUGUAGAUGUUUAUAAGGGAACAAGCGGAGUGAUUUUCGUUUUUGACAUCACAAAACCAUGGACUUGGGAGUACGUUCAACGUGAGAUCGUCCGAGUGCCCAGCAAGAUCCCGGUACUCGUAUUGGCUAACCGAAGAGACAUGGGGCAUCACCGACAAGUUACCGACCUCCAGUGUUCCACUUUUGUUGAGCUUUUCAACAGGUAGCCUUCCUCAAUUGAGGUCAAAAACUAUAAAAAUUAGUAUUUCAGCAGCCACCCUUCUCCUGAUGGAUCUCCGCGAGCUCGUUUUGCUCCGGCGUCAAUGCGAUACGCUUUUGGGCUCAAAUUCGUUCACCACUUCUUCAAUAUUCCGUUCCUUUGCCUUCAGGUAGAUAGAAAAGGACUCAUUUCCGGUUCUCAAUCUGGUUUUGUUUCUUUCAGCGCGAUAGUCUACUCCGUCAGUUGGAGACAAACAAAACGGAAAUUGUGUCCAGCUAUCACGAGCUAGACUGCUAUCAAGAGACACCGGAAGCAGACUACGAUACGUGAGUAAGCACUUGUAGUUGUCUAGUAGCAAAAAACGCUCAGAUUCAUCGAAAUGGUCAAUCAGAAGAGGAGGGAAUACGCCGAUAAGAAUAGUGUGACUGCGAGAGGGCCCGUACAGACAUCUGGAAGAGUUAUGGGAGGUGGUCAGCCAAUUCCAGGGCAAAUACUGACGCCGUGAGUGGCUUAUUCAGUUCGGGAGAAUCAAAUUCUGAUUUUUCAGACCGACCAUACCACGAGUUGCUUCGGAACCAUCGGAAACUAACAGUAAGUUUGUCAAACUUUUCCCCUUUCCUAUCGGAACACGUUCAGCCACUACUUCGGCAUCAGACACGACUCGUAAAAACUCAUUUGAAAUGGUUGGAGACGAGGAGGAGGACGGCAUCAACAGCUUCCUUGGGGAAAAACAAGAAAGAACUCAAAACGCAAUCCAAAGAACAAAACACAAUGAGAGCGAUAGGUUAGCUUUUGGAAAAGAAGUUGAUGAAAUUUAGUUGUUCAAGUUACAGUGAAACCGAAAAUCACAUGGUCUGGAGGUUCGAGGAAGACUUUUCGGUCGAUGAUGAUUUGAUGGCAAAAAUGGCAAAGAUGGGGGAGCAACGGAAGGUUCAGACGACGGUCAGGAAGCUGACAGUUCCGGAUGCUGCAGAGAGGGAACUGGAGACACCCAUAGGUGAGUGUGGAAGAUUUUAGAGGGUACUUCAUGAAAAAAUGAUGGGUGGAGUGAUAAACUAGACCCAGAUGAAGGUCGACUUCUCGACAGUCCACCAUUCCCCCUUGCGAAGUCAUUCCGCGUUCCCUGAUGAUAACGUUGAUUGACACAUGUCUCGUGAUCAAGUCUUUCAUUCUUUUUUCAGCUUAUAACGUCAAGGUGAACGAUGAUGAUAUCGAUUCCCCGGUCAGAGAGUUUCCACCGCCAAUUCCUGAGGUUUGUAUAGGAGAAUCGAAUCUUUAACAGUAUUGUUUUGAUUCCAGAAUGAUGAGAGCCCAGCGUUGGUCGAAACACCGGUCAACCUGACUGCUGCAGUAAACGUUUCCAUUAAUCCGAUCGACUUGGAUGCAUGGCUUGGAUCCGACGAUCAUUCGCCGAUAUCUGUGUCAACAGUGAGACUUUCACAUCCAUUCACUUGUCCAAUGUUAAUUCUUUCAGGUUCCUGACAAGCAGAACAGCAGUGAUGAAGAAUUCGGCGUGGAUCUACCCGAAUCGGCGCCAAAACCAACGGUCGACAUAUUUUCACCGAUAAUCAACGAGCCACGGAAGAAGAUCGAUUUGAAUAUGCAAGAAUUUCUAGAGGAGACUGAAACAGCUCAAUCAGUAAGUUUCAAUCAGCAGUGACGAAAUCAUCCAGAUCUUGUUUCAGGAAAAGUCCAUAAAGAAGAAGAAAACGAAAAAGGCUGCGAAAAAAGGAAAGAGCGAAGAAGAGGUGGAACAGGAGGAGAAACUGACCAAGAAACCGAAAAAAGUGACGAAGAAAAAAGCAGUAGAGAAAACAUCGCAAUCUCUGCUUGAAGACUUCCUCGGUCCCACUGAUGACAAUGUUCAAAGCGCCGACUAUGAUCCUUUGUAA